AUGCGACCGUGGGCCUUCCUCUCCGCUGUGCUGUACUACCUUAGCGCAGUUGUGUGGCCCCGUUCUACCUUGUACAGUAAGAGAGGCUUCAUUUAUGGCAGACAAGGAGACUCAGUGAAAAUAUAUGUAAAAUUAUACCACAAUAGUCCCAUACUUGUUUGUAUGGACUUAAAACAUGCUGGCAGAGAAAUAAUAGACCCCGUCUUUGAAUGGAUUGGACCUAAUGAAAAGAAAUUGACAGGAAACAGUCAAAUAAAUAUGACUAACACAGGGAAUCUAGAGGUGAAAAAUUUUACACCGUCUUCAUCUGGACUUUACACAUGUAAUUUGUCCUUUAAGUCUAUCGGAGAAGAAAUUCACGAAGAAAAGACGGUAACAAAAAAAUAUGAAUUUUUACUCUUUGUUAAUCCUUUUGCACCAGGAUGGAAAGCUACAUGCAACCAGUCUGUUGACUGUGAAGAUUUCACGAAUUACCAUAUCCUCCAGGCAAGAGAUCGAAUAGAAGAAUUUUUUCGAAACCUAGGAAAUAUUUUCCACCAAGGCCCUAAUAAAACUGUACCAGCUAUGCGUUUUAUUGAUCACAGUUUGCAAGUAGGACGUAUGGAUAGCUGUCGUCCAGGAUUUGGAAAAAAUGAAGCUGUACACAGUAAUUGUGCUACCUGUUGUGUUGUUUGUAACCCGGGCACUUAUAGUCCUGAUGCUGAUGUUACUUGUCAGACUUGCGUUUCCAUCCAUGUCUAUGGAGCUAUAUCUUGCCCAUAA